AUAAGCUAGUUUCUCUUUAAAACUGAUGUAGAAAUAUACGUACACAUGUACACACAUAUAUAUAGGUUGCAGUAAAGAUAAUCGAUACGCAACAUGGGAGACAGGAUUACAUAGUGAAAAAUUUAACUCGCGAAGCUAAAUUACUUUCGAUGUUGCAUCAUCCAAGCAUCGUCAGGCUCUACGAAACGAUUCAGUACGGAUCGGUAUACUACCUUGUGAUGGAACUUGCAACCGGUGGCGACCUAUGCACCCACAUUAAGCAACAACCAAGUGGCAUGCUCGAUGAGAUGACCACGAAGCUUUACGCCAGACAGCUGGUUUCUGCAUUGAAACACAUGCACUCCAGGGGAAUCGUUCAUCGGAUAUCCCUUAAAAUCCUCGAAAGGUGGUUCGAAGUAAAGAAGAAAAGUAAAAUGGGGGAGGGGAGUUGGAGAAAACGGUCGAGCAAUUCG